AGUCAUUGCUUUACUCCGAAAUGCACCUGAACCUGAAAACAUACAUAGAAGAGUAGAAAACAUAGAUAUAUAUAUAGUAAAACACCUAUAUACCAUGGAUGAAAAUGGGUCAAAUCCAAGGUAUAUGAAGGACCAACCUUGGUAACCGAAACCCUCAACUACAGAUCAGAAGGCACCCAGGGACCGACCCUGAAAUCGAGACCAUCAAUUACAGACCCAGAAGACCUCACGGCCUUCAUCAGAUAGGCAGUUCCUGCCUGACGACCAAUCUCCCCCGCUGCUACUAAGGCAUCGACGGUAUCUACUGGCCCAUAUCCACAUGGCAGUAUCCUAAGAUCAAGACUUCUGGGUUCAUCAACUAUCAAGGCGGGAGAAUACACUACGACGAGAUGUCUCCUUCUCCCUAUCAUUCCAUAGAACUGAGUACGGAUCACUUGUACACAAAAAUCUCCUAACAGAGAGCUAUACUUCACUGGUCACCGCUGCAAAGCCUUUCAAAGGUAUAAAUGCUUGGAGGUGGAGGAAGAGUACGAAGAUGAAGAAGCUCAUGCGAAACAGGAACUUCAAGUUUUUUCGCUUCAGUCAAUGGCGGGGCUUAUUACCUAGAGGACGAUGCGAAUCAAAGGACACAUUAGCGGGGAAGAGGUGGUGGUCCUCAUUGAUUCAGGAGCGUCUUGCAGCUUCAUUGCAACGUGGGUAGUGGAGAAACUUGGAUUGCCAGUGGUGCCCACACAGGAGUUUGGAGUGGCUAUUGGAGAUUGCAGGGUUAUGACAAGCAGUGGAAAGUGUGAAGGGUUAAAGCUAGUCAUUCAAGGAAUUGAGAUUCAAGGAGACUUUAUGCUGUUUGACUUGGGAGCUACGGACAUGGUGCUAGGUUACACAUGGCUGGCUUCGCUGGGAGAAACGAGAUUCAACUGGGGGUUGCACAUCAUGCGGUUCCAGAUAGACCAGGAAUGGGUAACUAUUACAGGAGAUCCAGCAUUGUUGCGUGCUAAAGUUUCCUUGAAUUCGAUGGAGAAGCUCUAUGAUAGUGAAGGGGUAGUGUAUCUGUUGGAGUUGCGUGCACUAUUUGAGAUUUUCCAAGAGCAGCAGCAAGAAGAAAGACCUAGCAUGGAGAUAAGGAAGGUGCUAGGGAAGUUCAAAGGAGUGUUUAACUUGCCCACUGGCCCUCCACCAAAACGGUCCAAAGAGCAUGCGAUCACUCUACAAGAAAGAACGUCUCUAAUCAACAUACAUCCCUACCGUUAUUCACAAUUGUAGAAGAAUGAGAUCGAGAAGUUAGUGCAAGAAAUGCUACACGCAGGGAUCAUUAAGCCAAGC